GGCCUUGCCGCUAGUGGCUUGGCAGAGCGUUGCAGGGCAGGGCAUAAUGGGGUGCCUGAGUUAAACUGGCUUAGGACACAACGCUGACGCUGUUUCUGGCUCUCUGUACAGGAUGUUGUUGAGGAAAGUUGCGAAGGAUUUAAUGUCUGUGCGAGUAUGUGCGAAUCCCGCCCAGUUCCAGCCAGUGGUAGUGCCCGCCUUGCUCCCGCCCUCCGUGCCUCCUGCCUCUCUCCGCAGCUUCUCUCAGCCCAGUGCCUGGCAGUGCUAGCUGUGCCUGCUCUUCCCUCGCAGCUCUGUGUUGGUUCUUCCAGCCCCACAGUCCCUAUGUUCGGACCGGAUAAACUGGGCAUCGAGAUGGACUUCGGCUACAGAGGCAUGGCGCCUAUGGGAGAUUUCUGCCCUUUCAGUGCCAGUAUCCCGGCCACCAAAGUGGAGCUGACAGUGUCGUGCAGGAAUCUUUUGGAUCGAGACACAUUUUCCAAAUCAGAUCCAAUUUGUGUAUUGUAUACUCAAGGAAUUGGAAACAAGGAAUGGAGAGAGUAUGGGAGGACAGAAGUCAUUGACAACACCUUGAACCCAGAUUUUGUUAAAAAAUUUAUAAUGGACUACUUUUUUGAGGAAAGACAGAACCUGCGAUUUGAUUUGUAUGAUGUUGAUUCAAAGAGUCCUAACCUAGCAAAGCAUGAUUUUUUGGGUCAGAUGUUUUGCACAUUGGGUGAAAUUGUUGGAAGCCAAGGAAGUCGGCUUGAAAAGAUUGUAACGGGAAUACCAGGAAAGAACUGUGGUAUAAUCAUAGUUACAGCAGAAGAGCUGAGCAAUUGCAGAGAUGCUGUAUUAAUGCAGUUUUGUGCAAACAAACUUGAUAAGAAAGACUUUUUUGGAAAAUCUGACCCCUUUCUAGUUUUUUAUAGAAGCAAUGAGGAUGGCAGCUUCAUAAUCUGCCACAAGACAGAAGUUGUUAAAAACACAUUGAAUCCUGUUUGGCAGGCAUUCAAGAUCCCAGUCAGAGCACUGUGCAAUGGGGACUUUGACAGGACAAUUAAAGUAGAAGUCUAUGACUGGGAUAGAGAUGGAAGCCAUGAUUUUAUUGGGGAAUUCACGACAAGCUACAGGGAGUUGUCAAGGGGACAAUCUCAAUUCAAUGUGUAUGAGGUAAUAAAUCCAAAGAAGAAAGGAAAAAAGAAAAAAUAUUUAAACUCUGGAACUGUUACCUUACUUUCCUUUUUAGUUGAGACAGAAGUAUCAUUCCUAGACUAUAUCAAAGGAGGAACCCAAAUCAACUUCACAGUUGCUAUAGAUUUCACGGCAUCAAAUGGUAACCCAGCACAGCCCACCUCAUUACAUUACAUGAAUCCUUAUCAACUAAAUGCAUAUGGCAUGGCACUGAAAGCAGUAGGAGAAAUCAUUCAGGAUUAUGACAGUGAUAAAAUGUUUCCAGCACUGGGAUUUGGAGCAAAGUUGCCACCAGAUGGAAGAGUAUGUCAUGAAUUUGCUUUGAAUGGAAAUCCUCAAAACCCCUACUGUAAUGGAAUAGAUGGUGUGAUGGAAGCGUAUUACAGAAGCUUAAAAAGUGUACAGCUCUAUGGACCAACAAAUUUUGCUCCAGUGAUAAAUCAUGUAGCACGCUAUGCUGCAUCAGUAAAGGAUAGUUCCCAGUACUUUGUUCUGCUGAUUAUUACAGAUGGCGUUAUCUCUGACAUGGCUCAGACAAAGGAAGCUAUAGUCAAUGCUUCAAAACUGCCAAUGUCAAUUAUUAUCGUAGGUGUGGGACCAGCAGAAUUUGAUGCCAUGAUAGAACUAGAUGGGGAUGAAGUCAGACUUUCUUCAAGAGGACGGUAUGCAGAACGUGACAUUGUACAGUUUGUUCCGUUCCGGGACUACAUCGACAGAAGUGGAAACCAUGUUCUUAGCAUGGCACGGCUUGCAAAAGAUGUCUUAGCUGAGAUCCCUGACCAGUUUCUGUUGUACAUGAGAUCCAGAGGAUUCAAGCCAUUUCCUGCGCCACCACCAUAUACACCAACAGGCCACCUGUUACAGACUCAGAUCUGACACAUCUAAUAUACAGUACUUCCAUCCUCAUGCGAAAUCUUACAAGCUGCCAGUUCAGCUUUUAUUUAAGGUGCACUAAAUUGAACUGAAAAGGACUGCUCCUCUGUACGGAACACUUAUGGGUUUCUUGGGAUCGAAAUGAUUCUGUUUACAGACCAAAACUGUAAAUAUGGAUAUAUAUGCGAGAGAUUUUAAAUACUCGGCAGGAAAAUAUCCUCUCUGAGUCUUAUUUUUGUGAGUUACUUUUUAUUGGAAUUGUUGGGGGAAAGCACAAAUUUUACUUUUAAUCCAAACUGUAUCGUUCUCCCAACUGAGAUCUACUUCUUUCUAUAGGAAUGCAAUUCCUUUGUGUCAAUGUUUACAUGUUACUAAUUUUUCAAGUUCAAUACUUUUGUAACUAUUCUUAAAAAGACUGAAAAAUUCUAUAAAAUCCAGUGUCUUCUAUCUAACAAUUGUUGUAGCCACAAUAAGAGCAAUAUCCCUUUAUAGAAUGUCCUAGACUGUGAGAAAGUGUUGGAUUAGGAUAGAUUCACAUACUUUUUUGAAAAAAGUCAAAUAAAACAGUGGUGUGUUCACUUUGUAAUAUAACAAAUGCAAAACAGUUUACAUGCUUGCACAAGCAAACCAUCAAGUGAGAAUAAAGGGACACUUUUUACCCUGAAUAAUUUAUCCCUGCUUAUUAACACGCAUUUGGGCUGAACACUGCAUUACAAAUGAGCAGUAAUUGUAAAGGAAAAACAUGUAUUUUGUUAAGUAAAAAAACAAAUGGCUGCAUAGAUUUCAUGCCACCAAUUUUUCUUUGUUUUUUUUUUUUUUACUGUAUUAUAGUAAUUGUCUUAAUUUUUGUACAGUUUAGAAAGUGAUGCAUGUCUAGAUAGGGCUGUCAAAGGGAUUAUCGCUCAGUAUUGGGGUUUAUUGUUGGACCUUAACAUAUUACUGCCAUACAGAUUGAGCAGGGAAAACACAGUUAUGUAGGGAGUGAAUUAAAACCUGUACGUUAUUGCUCAGUGUGAGCAAAUCAAAGUUGUCAAAACAGGGGUUUGUAAAGAAAUAUUAUGAUAAUGCACGUCCAUGUAUCUCUGUACACAAAAACAAUGUUUACUAAACGUCCCAAAUAAGUAUAUAUGCUUGUUCAUAUAUAAUAAAACAAUGUUUUGCAUGUACAGGUUUUUACAACAUAGUACACAGUAUUGUGUAACUUUUUGUCUGAUACAAUACAUUAAUCUAGAACUAAUGGCCUUAAACACACACCCAGUUCCUCAAAAUGAUUGUGAAUUGCCUUUCAAUGAUGGAAUCUAUUCUAUCUUUUGUGUCAACCUUGUAACAGCUUUGUAAUGUAAUUUUUAUUUGCAUAAUAUAUGCAUAAAUAUUUUGUCUAUUUCUAUGAAGUACUGUUAUUAUGAAAUUUAGCCAACGAGUUCUUUUAGUUAGCAUGGUUUAUUAGAUAUUUUACUGAGUAACUAUAAAUGAUAUCUGCAGUUUUAGAUAAUAUUUACUUAUGUAAUGCAAUAUCUUACUUUUUUAAUCAUAUUAAAACAAUUAAAAACAUGUU